GUUCAAGUGCAAGAUAAAGCUCUUUUUGGCUUCUUAUCAAUACGUCCUUUCCAAUAUAAACUGGGGACAAAGCAACGUGAUUUUAUCACUCAAGAUGAAAUUCGGCGUGUGCCUAUUGUUGGCCCUUCUGGGUUCUGCCCUGGGCUACAAAUCUUACUCAGGAUACCAAGUGCUGCAGACUAGAGUCUUGACAAAUGAAGACGCUGAGCUCCUGGCGCCUUUCAUGAGCAGGCCUGAGUUUGAUUUUGUGAUAACCCCUCGCGCAGGACGCGCCGCCGAGAUCAUGGCCUCUCCCGAAAACGUCGUAAUCCUCAGAAAUAACUUGAAAAGAUUGAAUUUGGAACCCACCAUAAUCGUCGAGGACGUUGGAAUUUUGAUCGAAAAGGAGAGGAGCGAAAUUGCUCACAAGCGCGCUCUUGAAAAGAAGGAAGGCCGUGCCCCAGCCCUCGACAGGUUCCUCAGCUUUGAUGAGAUUGAGGCUUACAUCGAUGAAGUCGCGGCCGCCUUCCCGAACAUCGUCAGUGUCAUUCAAAUUGGCACCUCUUAUGAAGGUCGUCCCCUCAGGGUAGUCAAACUCUCCAACGGCCCUGGAAAGAGUGCGAUCUGGUUGGACUCUGUUCUGCACGCGCGCGAGUGGAUCGGACCGCCCACCGUCCUCUACACCAUCAACGAACUGACCGAAAACCUUGCCAACAACCAGGCCCUCUUGGAUGCCAAUGACUGGUAUUUCCUGGUGGUUGCCAACCCUGAUGGCUACACGUUCACUUGGACAGAUGAUCGCCUUUGGAGGAAGACCCGUAGCCCCAACGCUGGCUCAACCUGCGUUGGAACCGAUCCCAACAGGAACUUUGACCAACACUGGGGAGAGGGUGGUAUUCCUUCGGUAUGCGAUUUAACCUUCCCUGGCAGCGCACCUUUCUCUGAACCAGAAACCAAGGCCAUUUCCGACUUCAUUUUGGCGACUCCUAGCAUCACCUUCUACUUGUCCGUCCACAGUUAUGGAAAAUACAUUCUGUAUCCAUGGGGACACACAACUGCCCUGCCACCCACUGUAGCUGAAUUGGACCGUGUUGCACAAGAAGCUAAUAAUGCCAUCCAGAGUGUGAACGGAAACUCGUACACCGUUGGCACCGCUGCUAACGUUUUGUAUUUCGCUUAUGGAACAAGCCACGACUGGGCCUACGAACAAGGCAAUGUGCCCCUCUCUUACACCAUUGAGCUGCCUGGCGGCGGCCUUGCAGGCUUCAACCCUCCUGCCUCACUUAUCGCUCCCACCAACGCCGAAUGCUGGGAAGCAUACAAGGUUUUUGCAGCAAAUAUUCCUGCUGCCAGACCAUAAAAAUAUAAGCUAUUUGAACGCUGAAAUAAAAUGAAAUUUUGCUCCAAUUA